AAGUAAAGCAGUUCAAGGUCACUUGGGCCUGAUUGGCCAAUGUGCCUAACCAAUUGGGUAAUUGACCAUAGUCCAGUGAACCUUGGCGUUUGAUUAACAUUUACACUGAUUGUUAAGACCUUAGCGACUCACUAUUUUCACGUCACACCUUACUACUUUUCUAAAACUAUUAGACAAACUAGUGUGUAAAUUUCAAGACUGUUUUUACAUUAUUCUGAUGGAAGAAGGCAUAUCAUGGAUCAUUUUUGUCAAGUCGAUCAUGUUUUCUUUAACCUAUAAAUAAAACUUGUGGCCAUCUCAGUUACUCAACAAAAUAUGCCGAACCCUCGAGAAUUCAUUGGAGCUAAUUUAGGACCUAGAAGAGGACGUCGUUCAUAUUCAAAAGCUGAAAAUUUAAAUAAAGGAUUGAGCUGUGAACCUAUUAUAUUUCAUCGUGAAAGUACGAAACGAAUUAUAUCUCAGUCUUCAAGAGGUAAGCCUAAAGGUAAAGCUGGUCGUCCUCGAAAAUAUAAAUUGGAGACUUCGAAGCAGUAUCAAGAUUCUUCAUCCAUUUCUGAAGUGCUGGACUCACCAGCCCGUUCACCUAGUCUUUCACCAGACAAAAUUCCAUGUAAACGUCAGCGCAGAUUGUCCAAAGAUGAUCCUGAUCGUGUCUCUCGUCUUACAAAUCAGAAAUUUGAUAAUGUAAAUGUUAAAAUCAAUUCAGAUGAAUUUCUAUACAAACAGUCAGCAUCUCAGUCUCCUGAACAAUCAAUGGAUGAACCAAUCGUCAAAGCUAAGAACUUUACGUGUCAUCAGUGUGGAAUGCAGUUUAAAACUAAGGGAAGAUUCGAUAGGCACAUACCUUGUCGUAUUCAUCAAGACUCUGAAUACUCUCAGAAACCUCGAUUGAAGAGAGGCAGAAAAUCCCUAAACUCAAAGUCGCUGAACAAUAUGAAACUUCUUCCUCCUACAAUUCAUCAAACAAGCGUUGACAAUUUUGAUGAAACCUCGUUAGUUGUUCGCAUACUUGGUAAACCACUGAAAUCAGAUGAUUGCAUCACAUACAAAGAUGACGAUUUGACUGAAGGGAACUACCUAAAUUCUUCUGUUCAAGAGCCUUCUAUUACAGGAAUUCUCAAAUUUAAUCUUUCUCCUAAUAAUACUGUUGAGUUUUUGAUUUGUGCAAAUAAAUUGGCUGUCAAACGGUGUAUUUCAUCAUUGGACACAAAUUCAAUCAUCGAUAGUAUAUCAUCAUCGGAGAGAAUGAAUAUUUGUAAAGCAAAAGAAAAUAUAACUGAAUUAAGUUCUACUUCCUCAUCACUACCACUUACUUAUCCACCAACCUACUAUAGAUCUUCUGACUCUGUAAUAGUUUCUUCCUCAUCCUCCUCAGUGUAUUCAAGCAAGCAUAAUCAAAAGAUUGAUACUUAUCGAAAAGAUUUCAACUUUACAUCACAUGAUGUUGGUUUAUCAUCAAAUCCAUUUGAAUAUCACGAUCGUAGUCAAGAUGAAUUACAAGCUGCACGAACAAUUCUGUCGUUGGCUCAUGGAAAUAGUGAUAUGAUUUUGAAUAUGGGACAAAUUAUGAUGGAUUUAGAUAAUGUACCAGUGGUGAACAGUAACUCGUAUGAAUCCAAUACGCAUAAUAUUGAUGCUGUUAGUAACAGUAGUAUAAACGAGUCGAAGAUAUCAGGCGAUGAAGUUGGCCAGAAUUCUCAUUGGGUAUCUGGAAAAAUGGUACAUAGUCUACAAGAAGAUGGAGUAGACGAUAGUUCAACCACUUUUACUUCAUCUACCACCCACCCAAUAAAAUCAAUCAACCAAUCAGCUAUAUUAUCAGAUAAUGGUGCUGUUCAGGAGGGAAUUUCGAAUGAUUCAGAUGUAUGUGUUUCCCUGGGAAACACUAAUAUUGAUAAUAAUGAUACUAAUAAUACCACUAUUGUCAUUACAACCUCUGGUAAUCUGACGUCUACUGCUGUCACUGUUAUCACUACCACUUCUGAAUCUCCAAAGUCUACGACAUCAAUUCAAUCUACUUCAGAUACAUGGCAUCCAGUCUCUAGUUCACAGAGCAAUAGUAAUAAUAAUAUACUACAGAGGAAAAUUCGUCCACCACCUAAGAAACGUUUAUCGACAAACUAUUCUCGAUCGAAUUCAUCUCGUUCAUUUAUGGAUAAUACAAGCCCACCAACAAAACUCCAGGACAAUACUAGUCAAGCAAAGACUUCAUUUUCUCCGCCUACUACUGGAUGCGAGCAGUCGAUUGUUCCACAACCGACUAAACAAAUGAUUAGUAUAUCUUCAGCAUCUUUAUGCACUUCAACGGAUCAUGUUGAUACACUAACUAGUUUCCCUUUUUCUUUUUAUUCCUCUCCCUCUGCUCCCACUACUUCAGGUGUGGGAUUACUUCCUACUCCUAUACAACUGACUAAUGUGGUCUACGGUAGUCAUAGUCUUAUUUCACCACACAGCACAUCACUGACUCCAUUUAUUUCUAAUCAAGAUCUUACAUCCCACCACCAUAAUCCAAUGAAUGCAUUCGCAAUGGUUUUCCCUUCUCCAAGAACUAUUGCACCGACAUCACCAACUAUGAAUGGAUCUCAACCACCACCUAGUUUUUUCAUAUUACCCCAACUAAUGGUUUUGCCUAGAUUUGUAGGCUCUUAUAUACCAAUGAUAUCUGCACCUGAACCAUAUCCAGCUAUAAUUAAUCCUAAUCCGAGUUCAAGUCUAACUGAAACACGAUCGUCCACCUUUAUGACAAGUUCAUUGGUAACACCUAUACCUACAGCUCAACCAGAAUUUUCAACGAAUCAACCAGUUAGAACGAUUAUCCUUCAGCCACCAUCAACACAGAUAUUCGGCAUUGAUACAAGUGCUACAGUCACUCAAUCAUCAGACGACAGUCAUUUAAAACCAAUUAGUAAUUUAAAUGAUGAGGUGAAAGAGGCAAACACAGUCGACUUUAAUGUACUAUCGUUACAACAAUCUGAUACGUCUUUGUGUUCAGUCAAAGAUAAAAUACUGCCCCCUACAGUAACUACUUUGAGUAGUCCGAUUUACUCGAAGAAAUCGGAGUUCACUAAAUGCAUAUGGAGUGGAUUAAACACUACAAAACCAGUGCCGAUAAGACCUGUACCUGAAGCCUCUAAAGUCAAACCGUACAAUGUCUUACCGUCUACGGAAAACAAAUCCUUACAAGAACAACAACAGCAUUCUUUAACAGGACAACAAAACGGUUCAGAUCAGAAAAUAUCAUCCAUAUCCGUCUCUAGUCAUGAUAUGACAAGUAGUUGCACUAAAACCAGUAUUGGCAAGACGACAUCUGUCACCAACAGUACAACUACUGCUACUUUUUACGUUAACCCUCCUGUUCAUCCUGCACUUCCUUCUUCUGGUAAUGUCAUUUCUCCUGGCAAGACUGUGGGUGCUGAAGCUUCUGUUGACACUAAGCAAUCUUAUAAUGGAUCGCAACAACAACAGCAAACCAAACAUAAGCUUGUUACAAUCCUACCAGCUAACCAAUCAGAGAGAAUAAAAUUCCAAUAUCGUCCAGCUCAUCAUAAAAGAAAACUAAAUUUUUCAAGGUUUAACGGCAAUCAUAAAAAGUGUAUAUCAACUUCACAUAAUUUACAACGACCUAACACUUCUCCACAUGGAAAAUAUCGUUGCCAAGAAGUAAAUACAUUGCAUACAGUUAAAUCGUAUCACCUAAAAAAACAUUGGCGCCUGCAAACAUAUAACCGACCGUAUAUAUGUCAUAACUGUGAUGUUUCCUUCAAAACACGAGGAAAUCUAAGCAAACAUAUGAAAUCACGUUGCCAUCAUGACAGAUUCUUGAAAAACUCAGGAUUUACUCAAAUCCCUCUUGGAAGUAAUGGUUCUAACUAUCAUACAGUUAAUCAGGAUGGUGAAUCUCAGUCCAAAAGUCUAUCUCACGACACGGAGGAUAAUAUAAGACGGAAGUAUAGCAAUGGUAAUACUAUUUCUGUAUCUGAAGACUGUUUGGAUUACUCUAAACCAUCGACUAUCUCACCAAAAUCAUCGCCGCCAACAUUAUCAUGUAAAACAAGGAAUUCUACAGGAGCAGUCAAUCGUCCCGUUGCAAUGGCUAAUAAUAAACGGAAUCAGGAUAAAUCUCCAGUGAAAAGUAAUUGUUCUGGUAUUAGUUCUAGAUCAACUUCAGUAUCGUCAACGACACAAUCAAAUUUAUCUUUAAAGUCUACAGUUUUGCAGUCGAAUACCACAUGUUCACAUGUGAUGGAUUCAUAUAAUCGUAUUCCAGCUCCUAAUGUUAAUGCAGUUAAUCUAUCACAGGACUUACCAAUGAAUUUGAGUGCUAAACCUCAAGAACCAAUUGCUUUAAUCAGAUAUGUUAUUGAGCCAACAGUUUAUGCCAAAAUAAAUGGAAUUCAAUCGAGCUGCCUUAAUCACUCAGAUAAUCUGUGUGAUAAACAACUGUCAAGCAAUUGUCUGUCAUCAGCAGAAGUGAUUGUUCAGACGGCUGUUGAAGCUGCUCGUAGUUUGGCUUCAGACAGACCCAAUUUAAGGCAAACUGAUAAAUUCAGUCACUCUACUUCAGAUUCAAAAUAUAUUGAGGGAUCAUCCACUCCAGGAUGUUUAUGUGACCACAUGAAACAGAAUGAUGUUCUCACAACGAAUCUCAAUACCUGCGAUUGUGAAGAACAACAUUUCUCCAGAGUACCACCCACUUCAACACUAAGUCAUCAUGAAAGCGAACAGAAUGAGAAAUCAUGUCUACUUCCACGUUCUUCUAGUGGUGUUGGUAUCAGUUGUACAGAAGAUUCUUCACUGAAUAAAUUAAAUAAUGAUGUGAAACAGAAUAAUGGAAAAUCAUCUGUUACUCCAACUGUAGUUUCGAAUAGAACAGAAUCAGAUACACGACAAAGUCAUGGAACUAAAUCUCAUACCUACUUGAAAGAUCCUCGUCCAUACAAAUGUAAAAUGUGCCAUGUAGGGUUUCGUGUCAGCGGACAUUUAUAUAAACAUUAUCGUUCCAAAUCACAUAUGUCAAAUAUUCUACAAAUGACUCAUUUGUCAAACACUAUAAUUGAACGUGUCUUACAAAAUCAUAUGGGUAAUCCACAACUUGUUAAUCCAGAUACUGGUGAAUUGAGUAUGCGAAUAUUGGAGAAAAUUAUUCCAGCCUGUGAAUCCCCUACAGUGACACCGGUUACCUCAGGAUCGAAUGGGCGUAACUGAUAUGAUGCCUAAUUUUUUCAACGUGCUAAUUGUGAUCACAACCAACACUCUUUUUGUACAUACGAUUGAAAUUUUUAAAAUAAACCCCGAUACCUAUUUUUCGUCUAUAUCUUUUCAAAAAUCACCUGAUUAAACUUG